UUUAUCAGUUUGAUAAAAUUAUUAAAUUAAUAUAGAAAUCAAUUUAUUCAUGUUUGAAUCGAUUUUGUCAGUAUAAUUUGUCGCCAAUGACGUUAUUUUAAGUUCAAAAUAUUUGAACUAUGUGUUUAUGUCCUAACAUCUUAUUGAUAAGUAAAUAUUUUGAUUAAAAAUUUUAGUUUUAUCAAUUUAGCUUGCAUGUAAUUAUUAUGUCUAUGAAAAAACUGUCUUCUGCUACUAUCAAAUUAGUUAGUAGUACUCAAGUUAUUACCUCUACGUCAUCAGUCGUAAAAGAACUAGUUGAAAAUGCUAUUGAUGCUCAAUCUACUAUAAUUGAUAUACGGAUUGAAAAUUAUGGAUUAGAUAAAAUUGAAAUUAGAGAUAAUGGUACAGGAAUUUCAUGUGAAGAUGUUCAUGUGAUGUGCCUACCAGGCUAUACAUCUAAAUUAUCUGAAAUAUCAGAUUUAGAUAAACUUACUUCCUAUGGAUUCCGUGGAGAGGCUCUAAGCUCAAUUUGUGCUGUAGCUGAUGUUACUGUAAUCACAAAAACUGAUAAAGAUAAGUAUGCCAACACAUAUUCCAUGGAUAUGAAUGGCUAUGUUAAAAGUAGUUCCAUUACUCAUCAUCAAAAAGGUACUGUUAUAAAAGUUGUGGAAUUAUUUAGAAGAUUACCUGUUCGAAAACAACUUUACAGCUCAAAGAAACAUUGUGUUAAUGAUUUACGUAAAAUGGAAUAUAUUGUUAAAUCGUUAUCAGUAAUAAAACCUGAUAUUCGUGUUUCUUUGGUGCAUAACAAAUCAUUAUUAUGGCAAAAGACACCUGUCAAUGAAUUACCUUUAGCAUUUGGACAAUUAUGGUCAUCUUCAGUAAAUAAAUGUGUCAAACAUUUGACUUUUUCAAAUGAUAAAAUGAAUAUUGAAUUAAUUCUUCCAAAUCAAAAUAUUGAUGUUCAAAAUUGUUUUCUUACAACUACAGUUUGUGAUGCAAUUUUCUUGUAUGUCAAUAAAAGACCUAUUAGAGAUAAUAAAAUUGAAAAAUUAAUUGUUGGAGAAAUAAGUAAUUAUUUUGGCCAUUAUUUACCACCAGGAAAAUAUUUACCUUGUCUAAUAUCUAUAAAUGUUCCACCUGAAACCAUAGAUGUAAAUUUAGAGCCUGAUAAAUCACGAAUCUUCUUUCACAACCAGGAUGAAAUACUUAAUUAUAUAAAAUAUAAUGUGGCUAAUCAUUAUUAUAAUAGUAAUCAAUCAAAUGAACCAUUUGAAUUAGAAAAAAAUUCCUUAAAAUGCAAUAAACGAAAAUUGCCCUCAGAUAUAGAAGAAAAUGUUAAGAAACCAGUACAAGUAAAAUGCAAUGACUCUUCUCAAUUUUGUCAUAAAAGAGACCAAAUGCAUGAUGUUGAUUUUUUUUUUAAAAAUGUAGAAGACAUCAGUUUAUGUGAGGGCAAUGCAAAUUUAAAACCAGAUGCAGAAUCUACAAAAAUAAUAGAUAGAAAUACAUCUGAUUCAGAAUUUGACAAUACAAACUAUGGUAAUUGUAUGUCCCAAACAAGUUCAAUAAAAUCAAUUGAAGUUUCUGAGAAACACGUCCUAACAGAUGAAGGAUUAAGUUUAGAAGGAAUUGAUUUUGAAGAACCAUUUUUAAUAGAUGAAAAAGAAAAUAGUAGUGAAGAAAACUUUGCAAAUAAUAAGAGUGAUGAGAAAAUUAAUAGUAUUGAUAAGUAUAAACAAAGGUUAAUAGAUAUCAAAACUAAUAUUUUAUCUCGUACUUCAAAAUUAGAUGAGAUAAAUAUUUCAAAUUUGGAUUUAAAAAGUACCACACUAUCCCAGUGGAGUAAAGGACAUUUUCUAUUAAAUGGAAAUCCUGUUAAUUGUGGUGUUACCAUAAUAGCUGAUUCAUUAUUAUCAGAGAGAAUUUUACAUGAUCAUAGCGAUAAUUCAACACUCAGUGAAAACGAAAAAACUGAAACAAUUAAACAUAAAGAAAAGAAUAAUUUAGAAAACUCAACGAUUAGUAUAGCUUUUGAUAAUAAGGAAGAAAAAAUUAAAAAUAAUGCAACUAUCACAAAAACACACAAAAUUUCAGCUCCAUUAUUUCGUACGGUUGCAGUUUCAGAUGAACAAGUUCCGGGUCUGACUCAUUUAGUUAGCCGGCCACAGUCAUGGGUUCAUCAACCUCGAUCUAAACGUCCUGUUCGAGAAACUCCAAGUGAAAAUUUUAGUGUAACUAUACAAAGUGUUAGUAGUCAAAUGGGAAAUAAAGAAAUGUCUGGAUUUACAUUAUUUGCUAAAGAAAUGAGAAUAAAAAUUUUAAGAGAAAAUCCUGGACUUGAUUUUACAAAAGUAAGUCAACUACUAGCUAAAUCUUGGGCUGAGUUGAGUGCAAAUGAAAAAGAGAGUUAUAAAAAUUUAGCUAAUGAACAAAAAACUAAACCUCUUAAAAAGUUAGAAGAAUCAAAAAAAAAAAAAAAAAACUUUGAAUUUUUAUUAAAAAACCUUAAAAGACAUACUACUUUUGUUAAUAUUAGUUUAUUGGAAAUAAAACAAAACUUGAUAAAAAAUAAACGAGUUAAUUUAACUUCAGAUUAUGAGUUGGUUGGUCAAAUUGAAGAAAAUAAUUGGAUUUGUAGAGUGUAUAAUAAAAUAAUGUUAUUGAAUAUUAGUUGUCUUCAAGAAUCUGUUACAUUUUUUAAAAAAUUGUCAAUGGAUGCAAUACCACUAAAAAUAAUUGAUGAACCUAUUAUUGUGGAUAAAAAUUUUUUAGGUUUACAGAAUUAUCAGUUUUUGACAAAUUUGAGUGUAAAUCAUGAACCUUUUACUAAUACCAGUACUGUGUCUGAUGAUAGAAUUGCUAAGAAUGGCUUUAAUAUUACUUUUGAAUUUAAUGGAGAUGGUAAUAAUCCUGUAGUAAAAAUUACUGACAUCGCUUUGCAUAUAUCGAUCUAUGGUUUAGAUGAUUUAAAAGAGAUAAUAGAGUUAAUGAGAAAACAAAAUAUACCAAACCUAAGUCUUUGUCGGCCAUUGAAAGUAAUCAACUAUCUUCGGAGUGAAACUGUAAGGUUUUGUAAAAACUCUAGUUUACCAAAAUCCAUAGAUGAAAUCAAUAAAUUAAUGGACUUUUGGUUUCAAAAUGAACCUUUUUUUGCUCAUAACACUUGUGUUCAUCAUAAAAAUGUAUUUUCUUUAUUACAUAUGUUAAAUAAUGAUGUAGAGUAAAUAAUACAUUUAAUCUGUGAAUAAAUUAUUUUUACUACAAAUAAUUUUAUCAAUUUGAAAAUGUAAUAGAGUAUUGUUACUUUUAAAAUAAAAACUGUUAAAUCUUUAUUGUUAAUAAUAACUUUGUCUUCAGAUGAAAAAC